GCCGUCGGCGGAGGCAGCGCGCAGGUGCGGUCAGCUCUGGCCCCGGAUGGAGGUGCUGCGAUUCGGUUCCCGCCGGAGCAGUUGGGAUGGACAGGCACCGAAGACCAGGGCACCCGUUCUCCAGUCUUGGAUCUCUGGGAGGGAAGAAAGCUGUCAAAAGGAGGCUUAGAGAAAUGAGGCGAAGGCUGCGGAGAAGCGUGGAGCCCCGCCUCUCCGCCAUAACGUCCUCGGGCGCCGCCUCUUCCUUUACGGCCUCCCGCCCUCGCCUGCUUCCGGCCCUGUUCCUGGUCCGGACUCCGCUGGCUCCCUCGGGAGUAGCUCUUGGGCCGAGGCUCCUUUGGAAUGAGGGUUGGGGCUAUGUCCCCGGUAGGGACUGUCCGAAAGGAGCAGGCUAGCACGGGCUUCAGACACGGCUGAAGGGACUCCUGGCUCGAGACGGCCCGCGAGGCCUUAGGCCCUGAGGACGCUGGGUUAGACCGAUGCCGCCCCACCGAAGAUGUCAGUCUUACUCAGAGGGUCCAGUUCGUAGGCUUUUCCAAAUUCUCAGGGCAUACUGAAAGCAUACAGCAAGAGCAUGCUGUCAUUGGAGGAAGUACUGGGCUAGGCCUUGGACUUGGCGUGUAAUCAAUCCUGUGUGGGAAAGAGCACGUACUCUUUGGCUGUGGGUGAUGUUUCAGAGGCAAGAGAAGAUGAGGGUCAAAUUGUGGGUGUGUCGCUUGGCCCCAGUGAGCCUCAGUUUCCACGUCCAUAAAAUGGCGAUGUGGGAUACAAGUCUGUGGUCGCUGAGGCCAGAAUUUGACCCUGUAAAGGAAGAAUGCAAGUCUGGUCACGAGGCAGAGUUUAGAGAUACAAGGAAGAUCAGUCCUGGUACCAGGACACCUGAAUUCCUGGUGGGUGAGAAGAUGUGGCCCCUGGACCCAAACCGGAAAGAGGUGCUGAGUUUUGCGAUACGCUGCCGUGUCCUGACUCUGAUGCUACAGGCCUUCUUCAAUGCCAUCAUCCCAGAUCAUCAUGCAGAAGCCUUUUCUCCUCCCCGCCUGGCUCCUUCAGGUUGUGUGGACCAGCUUGUGGAAGGUCUUCUGGGCGGCCUCUCUCGCUGGGAUGCUGAACACUUCCUGUUCAUUGCUGAGCAUGGCUACCUCUAUGAGCACAACUUUGCCUUCUUCCCUGGUUUCCCCUUGGCGUUGGUGGUAGGGACUAAACUGUUGAGACCCUUGCGGGGGCUUUUGAGCCAACGGAGUUGCCUGCUUAUUUCAGUAGCAUCACUCAACUCCUUGUUUUCCGUGCUGGCCACAGUAGUACUUCAUGACCUGGGCUGUCUAGUUUUGCGCUGUCCCCGCCAGGCCUUUUAUGCAGCACUGCUCUUCUGCCUCAGCCCUGCGAAUGUUUUCCUGGCAGCUGGUUACUCAGAAGCUUUGUUUGCUUUCCUUACAUUCAGCGCUAUGGGGCAGCUAGAGAGAGGCCGAAGCUGGAUUAGUGGGCUGCUCUUUGCUCUUGCCACUGGGGUACGCUCCAAUGGACUGGUCAGUGUUGGCUUCCUCCUGCAUUCUCAGUGCCGAGGCUUUUUCUCUUCUCUUGUGGUGUCAAACCCCCUAAGACAGUUCUUUAAGCUGGUGGCCUCUGUGUGCCUGUCAGUACUCACACUUAGCCUUCCCUUUGCCCUCUUUCAGUAUUACGCAUAUACCCAGUUCUGUCUGUCAGGUUCAGCCCGUUCCAUUCCUGAGCCCUUGGUCCAAUUAGCUGUGGACAGGGGCUAUCGGAUUGCAGAUGGAAAUGAGCCACCGUGGUGCUCCUGGGAUCUUCCUCUAAUAUACAGCUAUAUCCAGGAUAUCUACUGGAAUGUUGGCUUUCUGAGAUACUAUGAGUUCAAGCAGGUGCCCAAUUUUCUUCUGGCUGCGCCAGUGGCUAUAUUGGUUUCCUGGGCAACUUGGACCUACGUGACCACACAUCCUUGGUUCUGCCUUACACUUGGACUUCAAAGGAACAAGAACAGUAAGACUGCAGAGAAGUACAAUCUCGGCUUCCUCAGUCCACAGGUGUUCGUCUACCUGGUUCACGCUGUAUCUCUGCUGCUGUUCGGAGGUCUGUGCAUGCACGUUCAGGUUCUCACCAGGUUUUUGGGCUCCUCCACUCCUGUUGUGUACUGGUUUCCAGCUUAUUUACUUCAAGAUCAAGAGUCACUGUUGAGAUCCCCAGAGACAGUGCCUUGGAAGCCUCUUGUGGAAGACUCCGCAUCAGGACAAAAGGUUCUCAGAAAUUCUAUCAUGGGACUUUUGUACAACUGGAAAACCUGUUCUCCAGUCACACGAUACAUUCUAGGCUACUUCCUGACUUACUGGCUCCUGGGACUACUCCUACAUUGCAACUUCCUGCCUUGGACGUGACCUAAAGUCUUGAGGAAUAAGCUGAAACCUGGAAGCUGACUUAAUCUAGGGUCUGAAACUUAAUAGACACACUGGGGCUUCCUGUGCUACCCUGGAAUCCCUGCUCUGUCCAUUGGAACCCUCUGAAAUACCCUCAUCUUUGGGUAGUGGCUAGGAGUGAGAGAAGCAUGAGCCACUAGAGAGACCCUUCUGGGACAAGUUAUGCAGUAAUUACUAUCUUCACUAUAAGUCGUGUUCCAAGUCUAAAAUACCCCUGGAUCUGUUUAGGCAGUUAGCAUAGCAGAGACAGUCUUAAAUCUGCCCCUGACUCACAUAUACAUUUAAAUGUAAGUUAUUUAAAUGUAUGCUUGAUCAAAGGCUCUGGUGAAGUCCACGCAAGAUAGUGUAGGCCUAGACAGUGCGCCAGUAGGAAAGUGGGGCUAUCUUCUCUAAAUGGGAUAUUUCCGAAGAUUUUUUCUUGUGUGAUAUAAAAAAUCUUACAAAGAUAUGCUAAUUAAAUAACUGAGUUAUGCAUGCGAUUAAUUAUAUUUUUACAAAUAAUCACGGCUUGGGCGAUAGCUCUUUUAUAGAGUAUGUGAGACUCUGUGUUUGAUUCCCCAGCAUCAAAUAAUAAUAAAUAAAAUCACUUGGGGUAAAAAUGGCAGGAAGCUGGGCAUA